AUGGAGCCCUCCGAGUUCAUGACCAAGGCGCUUGGCCUACGCCCAAUACAUGAAGCUAUCCUAGAAGGAGACCUCAAAAGGGUCAAGCGGAUCCUUCACCAGGACAAGAGCGCCGUGAACACUCGAACCAUCAGAGAUCAGGUCACCCCUUUACACUUAGCUAUACUCACCGGUUCCCUCUCGACAGUCAAGCUGCUUCUGCUAUGGAAGGCUUCCUUCAGUAUCAAAGACAAAAAGGGGUAUACCGCGCGACAGUACGCUCGUUCGGCAACUUUAAGAGCAAAGAAGUUGAAGCAAUACGAGCGACUUGGAUGGCAGCCAGCCAAAAGGAGGGACAAAAAGGCUCGGUUCAUUUCAACCAUAUUCCGCGAACCCGAGGCCCUUCGAGCUAUCCUUUCCACGAAUGACCACCCCCUUUCGGGCUCCACAAUCUUGACAGACGGGAGGAAGUUGACAAUACUACAGGAGGUCGUCACUACGAGUCUGGCGUUCCCGGUCCAGAAUUCUACCUGUGGCUUCAUCGCCUCUUAUGGGUCGGUCGUCCCGCAGAUGAUGGCAGUAAGCGGGUGGAAAGACGAAGGGGAGUCAUCGACGCAAGGAGUCCUUCCCAAUGCAAAAAUGACCGCUCUAGUCCGAUAUGCCUGUCAGGUCAUGGAUGUCGUUCCCCCGGAGCAUGUUAGGAGGUACAUGGCAUCACAUGUUGAAAAGCAAUUGUCCACGGCUUGGGUGCUGAAGUUGCUCCAAGACUUCCUGCAGACCAGCGACUUGGCUCGCAUGGCUGAGCUAAAACAAGUCGAACUAUCCUCCGAGCGAUCCAAGGCCAAGAUCUUCCUCAACCACAGCACAUGCGGCAGUUGCCUAGGGUACUUGGCCAAAAUCCGUCGAGUGACCGGCGUCACAUUCGCCGUCGAAACUAUCCCUUUCGUAGUCCCCGGAAGUCGAGCCAAGUCUACCCCAGGCCCGUCGUCGGCUGCCCGGGAGCCAACGCCCGCCGCCGAGGCAGAUACAGAAGUUGCAGAAAGGGAUAAUGACUACGAAGAACUCGACCGGCAACAGGAGAUGGAUGAGAAUGGACCGAUGGUUGACUUCGGGUCGCUAAUCAACGGGGAAUAUAACGAGGUUGAGGAUGAACAACCAGUAAGCCCGAGAGCCGACGACGAAGCUCAGGUGGAAAUGCAAGAAGAAUUUACGACACCGAUCAGACCAAAGCCAACCACCGAGGCAGCUCGCCGGCAGGUCGCUGCUUCUAGACGGCUCCAAGGAUUGCUGGGCACCUCUCCUCCGGGUCAUUGGGAGGUAUUCCAAGGGCAAAAUUUCUGUGCCAAACCGUUGAAGGGAGUCAGGAAACGUUUAGGACUUAACAAAGAGGAAUUCAACCAAUUUCUCGAAGCACAGUCUCCUCGGCGCUUUCUGGGAUCACCAAGAAAGGGUAGCGAACAGCCCUUUGACUCGACCCAGGCCACCACCAAUUCGUCAACGUCUGCAUCUUUACUCGACCCUAUAUCAACCAUAAACGGCCGUUCGGGUUUUUUCCAGACUCCAGUUCCUGGACCUCGGAAUCCCGAACGUCUAGGUCAGACCGUUCAACAACCGCCGCCUCGCUCCCCUCCUCGCUUGGAAGUAUGUCUUCCACGCCCAAGUUCAUCGGAAAGGUCGCAGUACAGGAUGAUACCGGAUGACGAGCCCGGUUCUCCCAGUGCGCACGUUUCAACUCGGCCUCCCCCUAAGACGACUGUAAAAAAGUCCAGCAAACAACUAAACUUGAAGAGGUUCAGCUACCGGGAGAGUAGCCGCCAUAGAGAUAUCUAUCCACGUCUAUCUGGACCUCCGGCUUCUUCUCGCUUGUUGCAACGCCUCAAACUGGGGCAGUCGAAGGGCUUAGCCGGUAGAAAGGUGGUCGAUAUGCCCGCUGCCCCUGACAAGGUCAAUACGACCCAGCAAACUUAG